AUGCUUUCACCGUCCUCUCUUAUUCGGCGUUGCAGCAACUCUGUUGUAGCAGUUGCAUCGACCAUUGAACAAGCGAAGUUAGAUAAAGAAGAGGGUCAUGUUCCAGCAGCUAAUUCUGCUUCAAAAAAAGAAAAAAGAAAUGGUGAAAGAAAGGCAUCAGAAUGGAAAAGGUUGGACGCUAAAGAACUUGGAAUCAGUAAUUCAAUGAUAUCAAAACCUACAAGAGUGGUGCUCAAUGGGCUCAGAAAGAAAGGAUAUGAGGUCUACCUUGUUGGAGGUUGUGUAAGGGAUCUUAUCUUAAAGAGAAUCCCAAAAGACGUUGAUGUUAUAACUUCAGCUGAACUUAAGCAGGUGAGGAAAGCCUUUCAUCGAUGUGAGAUUGUUGGGAAACGGUUUCCUAUAUGCCAUGUGCAUGUGGAUGAUACCAUUGUGGAGGUUUCAAGUUUUAGCACUUCUGCAUUGAAGCCUGGUGAGAAAUUCAACCAUGAUGUGAGUAAACCUCUAGGUUGCUGUGAGUGUGAUUUCAUUCGGUGGAGGAAUGGCUUACAGCGGGACUUUACAAUAAAUGGGUUGAUGUUUGAUCCAUAUGCAAAGAUAGUGUAUGAUUAUAUGGGAGGAAUGAUAGACAUUAAGAAAGCCAAAGUUCAUACUGUAGUACCUGCACAUCUUUCUUUUGUGGAGGAUACUGGUCGCAUUUUACGUGCAAUCAGAAUUGCUGCCCGUUUACAGUUUGGUUUUACUAAAGAAAUUGCUCUUUCUCUAAAAGAGCUCUCUCACUCUGUGCGAAGGCUGGACAAGGGUAGGAUCCUUGUGGAACUGAAUUAUAUGUUGGCAUAUGGAUCUGCAGAAGCUUCUUUGAGAUCACUGUGGAGAUUUGGACUUCUAGAGAUCCUUCUACCCAUCCAGUCUUUGUUUUCCAAUCUUGAUAGACUUGUGGCACCUGAUCGGCCAUGCCACCCUACCUUACAGGUAGGCAUCUUUGCUUUCCAUAAGGCUUUGGUUGAUCAGCCUCAAGAUCCAUUGGUGGUAGCUGCAUUUAGCCUUGCUGUCCACAGUGGUGGAUCUUUAUUGGAAUCUGUGGAAAUUGCAAGGAGGAUAUUCCAACCACAUGAAACCAGCUUCCCCGAAUUACUGGAAGCACAGAGUCCAGAUUCAAAUAAUGCGUUGGUGCAUAAAGUCAUCAAUUUUGCUGCAACAGUCAGAACUGCACUUCGCAAGAUGACGGAUGAAUAUUAUGUUUCUAAAGCAAUGGCUAAAUACCCCAAAGCACCAUCUUCAGAUUUGGUUUUUAUCCCAAUGACCUUGUUGCUAAGAGUGAGCAAGAUUUUUGAAUGCGUUAAAAGGGGUAUGGAGAGGGGAUUUGUGCCCAAACGGAGGCGGAAGAUUGACUAUGAGUCUUUGGCGAUGGGUAGCUUGGAGGAGGUUCGACAUACAUUUGCAAGGAUAGUUUUGAACACGGUUUCACCUCCAAAGCAAAAGAUUUUCUACGACCUCAGUAUGGCUAGCUGGACAGCAAUAGGGAAGGCCAAACGUGGGUUGAGAAGGGCCAAAUUGCUUACAGUGGUCGUGUUUGUUGAUGUUAAGAAGCUUCAGCUGAUUGCACACAUUACACGUGCACAGACCAAGUUUCCAGCUACUCUACCACCUGUAGCGAAGGAAGAGAAUUAA